GUCGCUCCCAUACGCUCCGCUGUCGCGUUCAUGGAUCCCUCUUCGUCGGGCAUUCAAGAGCCCUUCGACCUCAUUCGAUUAUCUCUCAGUGAACGUGUAUUUGUAAAACUUAGAGGCGACAGGGAGAUGACAGGCAUUUUACAUGCAUAUGACGGCCACAUGAAUCUAAUCAUGAGUGAUGUGGAGGAGACUAUAACGAUCGUCGAUACCGAGUCGCCGGAGGGUAGUAAUGUCAGCGUCGCAAAGCGAAAAAUGGACAUGCUCUUUGUCAGAGGAGAUGGUGUGAUUUUGGUUUCACCUCCAUCCAGAUCGUAAAAUACUCCUGGUUGCCUCCGAAUUUCUUCUCAUUUCAACAUCCCGCGCUUGUAGUUUUACUAUGAAUGAUGUACGGCAACACACGUUACCACUCAGUAUUCAUCGGCCUGGUCCGAGUUCAAUUAAAUAAACCCAUGACGGCCCAAGUGCAAGAACCAACUGGUUAAAUAUACUUUCUUCUCGGCGAAUUGUUCUGAAACGAAGGGUGCGUAGCAGGCCUUUCCCCCAGUAGCUAUGAAGACCCAAUCGCCUGCAUAUAAAUGCCGCCCUGUGGAUGCUGUGUAUCCCAAGACGGGUGAUUGUAAACUGCGACAGAGAUUGUGUGGCAGGGUACCCUACGGCAAGAUGUAGCCGGAAGUCUGCGAGGAACUUUUGGAGUUCAAGACUGUUGGAAAGGAUGAUUCCAACGACUGCGUUGUCUUUGUUCCAACAAGCCACUCGGUGGGGGGAUCUUCGGGCAGAACAUCGUCAGGCUCAGGUGCUAUACCACCCAUGGGCCAUGUUUGUUCUUGUAUCCAUGCACAAUGGAUGAUUUUCAUCUGGUCAAAAGGGAUGGAGGUGCAGGAUAGUUCUUGAGAGCAUAGAAAACAAAGACUGACAACGAGCUCCAUGGGCAAUCUUUUCUUCAGGCUCACACCACUUGACAAUCCUUUCCACACCUUUUCAAUCCCCCCUUUCCAUACCUGAUCAUUAGUUGCGGCGUUCGGUGUAUUUAGCAUGGUUUCCAGCUUGCGGCGAGAUGAUGAAGGAGCAACAGGCUCCCGAACGUGGUCAGUUGGUUUUAGCCAUAGAGUUCGUCGUGCUAUAUAAUACGAAGGACCGGGUGGAGGAAGAUUAGAGCACUUGAGUCGUUCUUCAAAUGAUUGUGAGUGCUUAGACACGGAGGGAGGAUGGGAGGGUAUCAUCCCCGAACUCCUAAGUCCCAGCUCGAAGAUCGGAGCACAAACACUCUU